AGAACGGUGGCGAACAUCAGGCAAACCGAAGAUGUGAUUUCUGUGGAAUUUGUGUAAUUUCGUUGAAAUGCAAAGGAAGAUCGUGACCGGGGAAAAUCGGAAAGUUGAGUACCCGCAAAUGGCUAGGAUAAGCGAGCAUCGAGCACUAUUUACGACGAGUGUGUCAAAUGUCCGCUCAUGCAUAGACCUACACAGCCAGUAGUGCAUAUCUGUUAUUUCUCUGUCAUAGUUUAUACGCGAUCUAUAUGUAUAAACUAUGAGAUAUAUAGUUCGUGCCAGCGGCUCGUAUAUCUUUCAGUUCAUUUCCUGACACGUUCCACACAGCCAAGGGAGUAACAUUUGUCAUGUGAUACCCCGCGUUUGUAAUCCUCCCCUUUUAAUUUUUCCACAAUUUCUCGAUUAUACUUAGCUCAGUUGCAACGAUCGUAACCCAAUUAGUCGGCUUUUACAACCCUGUCGUGUCAUAUUGUACGUAACGUGCGCGUAUUCGUCGUGUUUCGCUUACUGUAAAGUGUUCGCUCGUAUUCAGCUGCGCUUUUUAAUUAACUAUACCUUUCGACGUGUCCUUUACUCGUCCUCCGGCUUCUUUCACGUAUAUAAAUAUGUUUGAUGGUGGUAAAGUGUCUGCAAUGGUAUUUACAAUGGCUCGCUGAUAUCGUACACGUUGGAAUUGCAGUUAGUGCGGAUCGGUGGCAUGCGUAUCGUGUGAGAUGUAUGUUUUUUGACGAAAUGCUAUGAAUAACAUGUCGAAUUACGAUAAUACAGGGAAAAAAGUAAACGGGAUGCGGCCGCUGAAUUUGCCAUCCGUGAAAUAUCAGAACGCGUUAUUGAUCAAUGUUAGGUCACCCAAGAGUAGCUCGCAGUUUGGCAAAUUCGACAAUCUGAAGACGGAGAUAGACACUAUCGGAAUGUCGGAGCCGGUAGCAGCUUCCGUCAGCGCCUUCAACCCAAAGACCGACAGCUUACACGCGUCUAUGAGGCCGAUCAUCAUGUUGGCGCAAUGCUUCUCCUUGUUUCCUGUGUCCGGUAUCAACAACUCCGAUGCGUCGUACCUCAGGUUCACCUGGCGCAGCCCGAAAUUUGUAUAUUGUGCGAUGUCAAUUUUUGGUUCGUCGGUGAUGACGAUAUUUAACAUUUUGAGAAUAGUUGCGACCGGAGUAAAUUCCACGAAAAUGACCACGUUCGUAUUCAAUGGGACGAAUUUGAUCGCUUCGUUGCUGUUCCUAAAGUUGUCGAUCCAGUGGCCCUGUUUGAUGGUAACUUGGGAGAAACUCGAGAAAGAGCUUUCGCACAGGCAUAGAAGAAUCUCGAAAAUCACCCUGGCCACGAAAUUUAGUAUCGUGACCAUAGUAGUGAUGAUGAUUGCAUUAGUUGAACACGGUUUGUCGAUAGUCCACGGCUACAUCCAAGCUAAAGAAUGCGCCGCGUACAAAGCAGAAGAGGAUAUACUUGGAGUGUAUUUCCAGAUGCAGUUUCCACAGAUAUUUUCUAGGAUACAGUACAGUUUGUGGAAAGGAGUAUUGGUGGACAUCUGUAAUAUUCUCAGUACCUUCUCGUGGAAUUUUGUCGAUCUGUUUCUUAUUCUGAUCAGCAUCGCCUUGACAGAUCAGUUUCGUCAACUGAACAGUCGUCUGAAUUCUAUAAGGGGCAAGCAUCAUUUCAUUGUUAAGGCAAUGCCCGAAUGGUGGUGGGCCGAGGCAAGGAGCGAAUAUAAUCACUUGGCAACGCUAACAAGGCAGCUGGACUCCCAUAUCUCCGUUAUGGUUCUUCUCUCUUUCGCUACCGAUCUGUAUUUCAUCUGCAUACAACUACUUUUCUCUUUCACCCCGAUGCGAGGCAUUAUCGAGAAAAUCUACUUCGGCUUUUCCUUUGGAUUCCUGUUGGCGAGAACGACAGUGGUCUCCCUGUGUGCCGCAACGAUUCACGACGAGUCGUUACUCCCGGCCCCGAUCUUAUACAGCGUUUCUGGAAGCAGUUUCUCAACGGAAGUGAUGAGAUUCCUGGCACAAGUGACAACGGAUAAUAUUUGCUUGACGGGCAUGAAAUUCUUCUCGGUGACCAGGAGCCUCGUAUUAACAGUAGCAGGAACCAUAGUCACGUACGAAUUGGUGCUGGUGCAGUUCAACACAACGCAGCAAAGUGAAGUGUCGAACAGUACCGUGUGCGAGGUGAAGUAACCGCGUUUUCAAACAUCUUUCGACGCGCUUACAAGGAAUUUCACCUACAUUAUCGCCAUCCAGCCUUAACAUCUUGCUUUACAAUUUCCCAUUAUAAAUAUUUCCAUAUCUUAAAUAGAAUAGCGCUUAUUGCCCAAGCCGCUGUAUAUAAGUGCACAGUGUGAAGAAUGUAGAAGUAGGGCGACCUACGCUCGUCCCAGAGAUAAGUUGACGCUGAAAACGAAAUUUUUCUUCUACAAAGACACGUUCCGUGGAAAUUGAUAUUAGAUGGACCGCAGAUUUUCAUGCAAAUUAAAAUUUAUAGACAAACGGGAUACUAGGAAACAGAGCUUAAGCGAAGAUUUGUUUCCCCUGUUCAAAACUGUCUUGUACGUUCUUAUUUAUUAUACACAUUUUCCGAAUCUUCGUAUGUCGUAUAAACGCAUAAGAAUCUGCACAUCUAUGCAGACGAUAAAUAUCGUUUCCAAAGAUCUGCAACUACACGCUAAAUCUUACAACGACGUCGCUAUUUCCAUCGAAAUUGAGAACACAGCGAAGCACUAUGAGACGAGACAUCGUAACAAGAUGUAGGUCUAGGCUUUGAGCUAGAUGACGAAAUCAACAUCAGAGUGGUUCUGCUUAAACGGUUUUCGUUAAAUUUGGUAAAACAUUUUCGCUUCAAUUUGCUCCAACUGCUUCGGAUCAUUGUAUCGUACAAUUGUUCUUCGAUUUAUUUUCUCCCUGAUUUAUUUUCACUCUUAUUUUCUUCCUUUUCGUUUGCUUCAGGGCUAGAUCAGGGCUUUUUAAACCACUGCCCAAUACGGGGUCGCGUUACAGAAUUACGGGGUCGUGAAAAUUUUUGCAGCUGCCACACACCACCGAGACGAGACACGUAAGUCACCUCACGUUGAAGGAUCACGAGGAAUUCGCCGAGUUAUUAAUCGACACAAGUAUAAAACACCAGCUUUAAAAAAAGAACGUUCAGACGGACCUUUCCUUGGAAUUUAGCUUUGUCCCAAUAAGUGGUAAUGCGUGGUAAAGUUAUAAACGUAACGAGUAGUUGUUUAAAAUUAAACUUCCUUCAUUUAUUAUCGAUUAAUGGUUUCGUUUGUAUAUUUAUUUUAUGUACCUUUCUACGUAUAUAACUGGGAUUGCGUCAAAUUUUCCCGAGGCAAAAUGCGGUGGCGAGUGGAAAAAGUUUAAGAAGCGCUGGGCUUAAUAAUUGAAAAAUCACAAUGUAUAUACAUUGUACAUACAAUACAACAUUUCAAGUAAUUUAUGCUUUAUGUUUCAUCAUGAUUUAUAUCGUAGUAAUUUAUAGGAAAACUGUUCCGUGAGUGCUGCUUUGAAAACAGACUUUUGUAUAGUUAAUGCGUGUUAUAUGUAAUUAACAAUUUUCCACCCUAAAAAUUAGGGAACGUCCAUUUAUUUAUUUAUCGAGUAACUUUCGAUAUGUUUUUCUCGUAGCUUCGCAACGGUAAGCAAAAUCUCUUUGCACAAAAUAAUGCUUCGUACAUUGAACGAAACGUUAACACCAGAAGUAAUAAGAGUAUAAUCCGAGUAGAUAGUAAAGGCGUUACUCGAUUAGUUAAUAGAGAGUGUCACGGAAUAUCGAAUAAACUGAAUAUAUUAUCUUGUAAUAUAUAACGUUUCUCGAGUAUAAUUUUAGCACUGUUCGAUGUUGAUCGAAUUAAUCGAAACGGAUCGUCUGGAAUCGUAGAGAUAACGUACAAUCAAUUAAAUUGGGUAAGUACCAAAUCAUCAUUGGUCGCGAAAACAAAUUAAAAGUUCUUGUUUUGUGGAUACCAACCAGAAAUCAGUCGAUGCAGUUACAAUAACAAAAUUGUUAUAGCAUUGAAAUGUCCAGUUAUUUGUUCUAAGCAGAGUGAAAUUUGUUUUGAACAAAUCAAUUCGUAAUUUGUCACGAACAAAUUAAUCUGUAACUUAAACGAACUAUAUAUAUAUAUAUAAUGGAAUAAAAAGUACAAAAAUAUAAGGUUCGUUAGGGAUAAAGUAAUUAAUAAAUGCUUGUAUGUAGCAUAGUAAUGUAAAAUUGUGCCGUAGCUUUUCAGUGGUAAAAAUGUUAUAAUAUGAUGUACAAUAUCAUCUAUUAUUAAUAUGAACUAUUAUUCGCCAAGUAUUAGAAUAUACAUAUGUUUAUAUUAAU